CUUUGACGCGUACGAACACAAUUUGAGACACCGAACAGAUAAUCCAGCAACAACAAAAAUGGCGUGUACGAAGGCUUACACAGUGCAAAAAGAAAAGAGCAGUACAAAGAUUACUUGGAAUUCUUGGAUGUAGAACCAUUGAAGAUCAUCAAACACGCCACCACCAGAUGGCUAUCCCUACAGAAAUGUGUUACCAGAACACUUCACCACUGGGACGCCUUGAGAAGCUAUUUCACCAGUCACGAUGAUGUUGAAAGUGAUGGCCGCAUAAAGAGGAUUGCUUCUCAUCUCAACAACCCGGAGAUAAAGCUCUACUUUUUUUUAUUUAGACUUCAUUUUGGCCCCAAUGAAUGAAUUCAACACAGCUUUUCAGGCUGAUGCAUCCAAGAUUGGACUACUUCAUCUCCAGAUCACAAGACUUUUAAGAAAGUUCCUUGGAAAGUUUGUGAAAUCUAACAUCAUUUCAAGUCAUGAAGAUCUGACACAGGUCCCCUAUGCUGAUAGACAGUGUCAACUGGAUGACGACAUCAUCGCAAUAGGACCCAAAGCUAGGACUUACCUUGUGGACUUCCAGGAUGAUAUAGGAAGGGAUGUGGAAAAGAAAGUGUUCAGGUCAGUUAGAUCUUUCUACACCAAAAUUGUGGAGAAAAUGUGCAAUAAAUUCCCUUUUGGUGACCCAACCAUGAAAGACUUGGGCUUUCUCAACCCAUCAGCAAGAUCUUCUAAGACUUCAGAUGCAGUAAUAAGACUUAUUAAGAGAUUCCCAUCUUUGUCAACUGAUGAAAACCUUCAACAGCUGCAGGAUCAGUUUGAUGACUACAUGCUGUCACCUGAUUCAGAUCUGCCACCCAUAACAGAUGAUCUUGACAAGUUUUGGGGUGAAAUGUCCAAACAGAAGGAUGUGUUUUGCAAAAGUGACAGGUUUGAUGUUCUAUCUAAGCUAGCUUUUGCACUGCUGUCACUUCCAAACAGCAAUGGUGAUAGUGAGAGAGCAUUUUCAAUGGUAAGGAAGAUCAUGACAGAUUUCAGGAGUGACAUGAACACUUUAUGUGCACUGCUUUCUACCAAAAUAAACUGUGACAGUGAUUGCUGUGAUUAUCAACCUUCCAGCAAUGUUUUGAAGAUGGCAAAAACAGCUACAACAAAUUAUAAUGUAAAACAUUCAUGUAAAUGAAUGAAGUAUGCUUAUUAA